UUUCGCGGAAGAAGUCCCCCGUUCAUUGCGUCACACGAAAUGUGAAAACAAAAUAAUUAUUCAAAUAGUAAAGCGUGUAAAUUCAGUGACACGACGCAUUUGUUCUUCAAGUACUAAAUAUGUCUUCGUUUGUAAAUCACAGAAAUGAGGCGUCGGUGAGCGUUGACCAGACGAGCUCGAAAGAAACUGUAACUUACUACAGAAUAACAGUGAAAGUUGGCCCUGUGCACUGGAACGUGUUGCAUCGCUACAAUGACUUUGUAGAGCUCCAUGACAAGCUCGUCUCAAACCAUGGAGUGACCAAGGAGUUAUUGCCCCCAAAGAAAGUUAUACGGAAUAAAACACCAAAGUUUGUAGAACAAAGAAGGGAGGCGUUGGACGUGUACUUGAAGAAUGUUUUCAACUAUUUGAAGUUGUCCAUGCCGUACGAAUUCGCCCACUUUCUGGACAUGCAUUUGUAUGAUAUAUUUUUCCUGCUGCAGGAUUUGGCGAAGACUCUGUUUUUAGAAGGAGACAAGUUGUUAGAGAAUGAGAAAUCACAUAAAUUCACGCCAAUGGAGCUGCAUGCAAUAAGUGAGCGUUUAAAAAUGGCCUGCCCACCAACGGAGAAACAGGACCAAAUGUACGACUUCAGCCACAUCCUGGACUACUGCUCGCAGCUCCAAGCCCUCAACAUCGAAGGCAGCUACGAGAAGCUCGGCUCCAGCACCAUCGUCCCUAAUGAGCUGCAGUUUGACUUGAUACCGUUCAAGUCUCUGCAGGAAUUAACAAUACUUGGAGUUCCUAUGGGAUGUAUUCAGAGUGUUGGUUCCCUCCGGGACACUCUAAUCGGCCUGUCAGUGCUAGUAGCGAGUGUGGUGUCCAUGAAUGAGUUCCUGCUAGUGGACAUACUACAUAAAGACCCCUCCAGCAUAGCUGAUACUGUGAAAUGGAAGAAGCUGUCAAUAGUGAACUUCGCAAGCAACAACAUAAAGGACAUGGACUGGGCGAUCAAACUCGUCCCAAAACUGCAGCAUCUCAGUUUAUCCUCCAACAAGCUCGCCGAGCUGUGCGACGUGUCCUGCCUUCACGAGCUCAGGGUCCUCAACCUAUCCAUGAACAACUUCCAACUGUGCGAGAGCUGGCACUCCAAAAUAGGUAACGUAGUAAAGUUAGAUCUCUCACAGAACAAAGUGGAAUCUCUCCAAGGAUUCUCGAGGUUAUACUCCUUAGAGAGCUUGGAUUUAAGCUGCAACUGCGUUACAGAUGUCGAAGAGGUUCAGCAUAUCUGUAAACUCCCCGUUUUAGAAUAUCUAUGGCUUACCGCAAACCCUGUAGCUUCGACAGUAGAUUAUAGAGUUAAAGUUUUGGAGCAGUUUAAUGCUAGAAUGGAAGAGAUUUGUUUGGACAAUGAAAGGGCGUCGGGUAAAGAGCUGGAUACAGCCAGGGUGCUGCAGGCCUUAAGGGUAGUGAAAGAGGGGAAGACUCCGAGCUUUCUGCAGAACAAUAACACUACCCAUUGUUUCAAUAGGAGUUGACAGUUAGGUUUGUAAAUAUAACAAUUUGAUGUGUAAAUUUGAAUUAUUUUUGAUAGAUAAGAGGUAGCUACUGACUUAGCCGGUUAGUAAUUAUUUU